AAGAGCCGUUUAAGCUGAGCUGGCUGUUGGGCUGUUUUGAGUUCCUGUUGACGACUUUGUCUGAGUGGGAGCAGUCUACAAAACCAGGAAGAUUAAUACACGCCGAGGGGAACGCACACUUAACUAGUUCGAUAUCCUCAUUUCACACCCCUCGAGGUCAACUUUGAACAAAAAAAGAAGUUCUAACUCUGUGAAAUCGACGCCGAAAUGGACCCCGCCAGUCAAGAUAUCAACCUGAACUCUCCUAACAAGGGCCUUGUAGUGGACCACUCGGACAGCCUUUCUGACGUGCCGGUGGAGGGGGCUGUGGGGAACGCAGCGAACCCUCCUCCACCUGGCCUGACGGAGGAGGAGGCCGAGGAGCUCCGCACAGAGCUUACAAAGGUGGAGGAGGAGAUCAACACUCUGCGUCAGGUUCUCUCGGCCAAAGAGCGACACGCCGCAGACCUGAAAAGGAAACUGGGUCUCAACCCGCUGAACGAACUCCGGCAGAACUUCACCAAGAGCUGGCAAGACGUACAAACCUCCAACGCCUAUGUGAGAACCACUGAGAAACUGAGCGAGUGGAAUGAGAGAGUUACCAGCUUGGAUCUAUAUCUGUCUGCCUCAGCAACUUUGGAUGACAUUUCCCGCUCUGAAGCAUACAAAAAGACUCAAGAGACCCUUUCCCAGGCGGGACAGAAGACCAGUGCAGCGUUCACCACAGUGGGCUCUGUCCUCAGCAAGAGACUGGGCGACAUGAGAGCUCUACCUUUCUCUAAUUCCUUUAGUAGCAACUAUUCCAUUCGCCACUCUAUAAGUAUGCCCGCCAUGAGGAACUCUGCGACCUUCAAGUCGUUUGAGGAUAAAAUGGGAAACCUGAAGGUGAGCGGACAUUCAUAAACCACAAGGUCGUGGGCCCCAGAGGGAGCGAGGAGGCCAUCGGCUCCCCCACCGACACCACCCCAACUCAGGACAACCCGUCUUUCUGAAUGCAUCCCUGCUCCACAUCUACCUCCUCGUUGCCACCUUCUUCCCGACCUGAGACUGUACUGUUAAUCACUUCACACCGCAGAAGUCAGCCCUGACCUUUGACCCUCCAGCUCACCAACGCGCCACCACUGGCUAUUUGCCACGAGGUCUGCAGGAGACUAAGAACACACUGGUUUUGAGGCGGGGCGAGCGUCUCUCACUGCUCGUCCCGCAGCUUCCGUUCUUCCGCCCUGCUGCGGAGGAAAAGGAUGCUUUGUUGAUCUCUCUAAACCUGAAUAAUUUACGGGCUGUGUUCUUGUCACAUCAUCACCGUCUGCCUCUACUUCUUCCCCGGUUAGACGCACAUCACUCUGUUGGUUCAAACAAGUCCAAAUAGUUGUUGUUUUUGUUGUUGUUUUUUAAAAGGCAUUAUUAAGAUGUCCCGCUCUUCAGCUAAACGAGGAAGUUCACGUUUAUCCUUGGUCUUGUGAUCCCCCAAAAGGUCACUCUGUAGGUGUGUUUCUGGGCCCCAUAUCAGCGGUUAGAGAGGGUGCGUAGACGGUGGGGGGCAUUUUACGGGCAUAAGCGAGGCGGUGGUUUGUUCUGCUACCAUUUCUGUCUUCUUGUUUCUAACUGCUAUUGUGUACUUGACCUCCGUCGUACAUCCACACUGUUUGCACAUGCUAGCGUCUCCACGGUAUCUCCAUAUAUUCUCUCUCAAACUUUCACAGGGUUCCUCCCCGCAGCUGUGCGGGUUCCCCCGCAAUGUGAACACAGGUGACAGUUUAGUGAUUUUUCUCGGGUUCGGGGGUCCUCACAUCUCACUCCUUAGACCUUUUACUGCUCCGUGCAUCUCUCAUCUCAGUUGUAUCAUACUACCCAUGCAAAGAAGACCUGGGGCUGGCAAAACACUCCCAGGAUGUAAAAACGGAAAAGGAAAAAAAGCAACCUUAAAACCAUUUUGUAUUACAAACUAUUUUACACUGCUUUGCAAAAUGUUUUUACAUAACUUUUAUCAAUAUGUAUAAAAAUAGAUGAGUAAAUUUAUUGUCACUGUUGCGGCCAAAUGGCAGUGUCAGGUAGGGAGGUUUAGGAAAAAGCAAGGGGGGGGUCUGGGUCAGUUUCACAGACAAUUUUUCUUCUAAGUUUCCUUUUUUCUCUGAGUACAUCUGUGGUCUUAUAAAUGUAGAAAUGUUUGUGAAACUGACUAAUGAGCUGCAUUUGUUUUGUACCUGUCUGGCCUCACGAUUAAUCGUACAAGAAAGAACAUAAUCAAAAUGGUUUCAUUUGACGACGGUGUACCUCGAUGGUUUCACUCUGCGCCGUCAUUUGCAAGUCGGACGCAAAUCUCCGUGGCGUCGGAAUGUUUGGAACCCCUUUUUUUUUUUUCCCCUCGUAUGAGGUACUACAAAUAAGUCAAGUGUGUCCCCGCCCACUUUGGAGAAACCACAUGGAAGGAAAGCAAUGUGCUGCAAGAAAUAAUUUAGACACUUGGGGGGGAAAAAUAUAUAUAUAUCCGUUUUAGCUGUGAUUUAAAAUCAAAAUAUUUAUCACUGCUUUACCUUUUCUGAUGGUGAACUGCAGAAGUUAUCGAUCCUCCAUUCAAAGCCACACUGAAAAAACGUUCUCGACCACGUGGGAUGAUGGAAAAGAACCUCAUGAACACUACUUCAGAUAAUCGUAACUAUCCUAUUUAGCGUUCAGAACUCCAUGUGAGGCGUCGCUUUGUACACUACUCUGAAUGUCAAUGCUUCUCUAUCAGCCUUACUCACUUUAAAUGGUUCACUUGUUAUAAUUCAGCUGGUAGAAAAGGUUUUGGAGUUGCACAGACUGGUUUUGAUUGAACCAGUCUACAGGCUCUCCUAAACCAUUUGGGAGAGUGAGCAUAAAUGUUGAGUCUGAGUGGCCACAAACUGUCAUAAAGUGCUCGUUGCCAUUAGAGACUUUGGCUAACAACCCCUCAAUGCACUCCAGUUGGCACACAUUAAAUACUAUUACUGCAUGAGGCCCACACACACAAGUUGGCCCAGUCAAUCUUGUGUUGCUGUUGAUUUAAUAAAGGUGUUUCGAUGUCUCACAUUGCCAAUAAUAUUUUACAAUAUUGCAACAAUAAAAUGUGGUUCCUCCCGGCUUUAUAACUGCUGCCGUGUAUUUUUUUUUGUGUUGAUCACUUUGCUAGUUAAUGUAUUCCUGUUAGGUGAAUUGUUUUUGUUUUUGUUUUGUUUUUUAGGAGAGGUGUGACAUUUUGGUAUUUGUACAAAUGAUUUGCAAUCAGUUUAAAAACAAGUUGCCAAUCCCUAGAUAUCUGUUACAAAGUCUUUCUGCCCCAAGUGGGCUCUGCCUUUCUGCUCUGGCGAGAUAAAUAUGGAUCUCAACAAAUUGACUUCUAAAAUGGUAUUUUUUUUUCUUGUACGAAGCUGAGGAAUUAUCAAAUACACAAAGAUCUCAACGUACUAGGAAGAAACCGUUUUAGAUUGAAACCCUCCCCCCCUCUCCCCGCCCCCACCAGUGCACAUGUCGCCUGUUCUAAAAGCUGCUAUCGGUUUUGUAGACGUGGAUAGAAAAAAAAUCUUUUGAUUUGGGUGCCAAUGGGAAGUGUUAGUUGCUGCAGAGGCUGGAGGACAGUGGCGUUUUUACAGCUUUAUUUAGAUCCUGGGCCUAACUGAUGUAGAAAAGGGAUUUGAUUUGGACAAUUAUGGUGAAUGAAUUAUUUUUUCUUGUAUAUGUUUGGAUAUUAAUAAAGCAUUCCUUUAAAUUAA